AUGGCUCCUCAGACUAAGAAGUCGGGCAAGGCCCAGAAGCAGACCAAGAAGUUCAUCAUCAACGCCCAGCAGCCUGCUAGCGACAAGAUCUUCGACGUGUCCGCGUUUGAAAAGUUCCUCCAGGAUACCAUCAAGGUCGAGGGCCGCACCAACAACCUGGGCGACAAUGUCGUGGUCCAGCAGCAGGGCGAGGGCAAGAUCGAGGUCAUUGCCCACAACGACCUUUCCGGCCGCUACCUCAAGUACCUGACCAAAAAGUUCCUCAAGAAGCAGCAGCUGCGUGACUGGCUCCGCGUCGUGUCCACGUCCCGCGGCGUCUACGAGCUCAAGUUCUUCAACGUUGUCAACGACGAGGCCGACGAGGACGACGAGUAG